CUGCUUUGACUGAAGUGGUACUGACAAAGGUUUGGGUGGUUUGCAGAAUAUAAUUAAUGUUCAAAAACAAAUUUAAUAGUGUUGUCCAUCAGCUUCUUAAGGUAUCAGAAUAUCACAAGACAUUUUGUUCUCAUCAAGUAUUAAUUCUUUUGUUUUUGACAUCUAUUCAAUUGGGAGAGCCACACCUAUUGGUCACCUAGUAACUUUUUUUUUUUACCGUCAACAGCAACUCUGUUUCAUCACCAAGUGUUUAUUUCUGAAAGAACUAGUUCACAUUAUUUCCCAAGCUUGGCAAUAGGUAUCCUGAGAGGGGAAGAAGCCUUUGAAAAUUGUUGUUUGAAUAAUAAGAAAAAAAAAGGGUCUUCCACCAUUCAUUCUUUGAUUCACAAUGGAAACAGUGGAAGGUGUUGUUGAUCAUCCGGAAGGCAUACUGGAACAGAUCUGUCAACUUAAUCUAACAUUAGAAAAUACUUUUCUCAAAAGUAACUGCCGAGACAAUGAGAAGAUAGUGGAGUAUAUUUCCAAAUUGACUCCUCUUGUUUUGGACCUCCUCAAAGCCUUCAACUGGCAACUGAAGCACACAACUAAGAUUCUUCAAAAUACCAGCAAGCUACUGAAGAAGCAUCAUGGGGAAGGUUCGCAUUAUAUUUCAAGUCAAGAGGGGAGCAGCCUUGCAGAUUGGCUUCUACAAUUACAUAAGCAAAUACUACAUGCUGUUGGACACUUUGAAGAAUCAGAAAAGGAACUUCUUGAAAUGAACUGUCGAAAAACUCCUGGAGUUCAGCAGGCAAAAUGUUCAUCUGAGAAUUCUGAUGCUGAUGAGGCCGAAGUAAAAAUAAUACAGUUGCUCGAUUGUGUAAAUAACCCAUUCCAAAAAUCUACUCCCAUGGAUGAUGAAAACAGAGUUCAAGAAACAGAAAAUAAAGUGUUGGUGAUUGAUACAAUUGCAUCCACACAUCAGAAGACAGAUCGCAAAGAACUGGAAUAUUUAGCACUUGAAGGAAAGGGAAACCAAAAUACACCAGAUGAAUUAGUUACUUCACCAACCAAAGAUAAUGAAAAUGGGGUUCAUUCAGUAAACUCUUCAGGUACAAAAGCAUCAGAAAAACAUGAUUUGGAAGACUUUCCAGAAAGCAAUGGGAGCAAUGUAACUGUGUCCAGACAAAUAGAAAACAACAGUGCGAGCAAUCUGCAGAUACUUCCCAAUCAAGAAAAGCAAACAGAGAUAAAGGACGGCCCAGAAGAGAGUGCAAAUAGAGAUCAUAGGCUGGUGGAAGAGCCAAAGAAGAGAUAUGAUAUGAUUAAUCAAGAAGACAAGAGUGAUGAAAUUGACCAAAGAAAACAAGAAUGCUCUAUGGGGUCAGAAGACUUAUCUAAAAACAUUUACCACCCCACUGGUGACCUGGAGGAAGAAGACAGGGACUGGAUGAGCAAAGAAUUUCUUGUAGGAAUGAAUGGUCCCAAUGAAUCUGAAGUGGCCUGCUGCAUCAUGGCCCCUUGCAGCAUCCUAGAAAGCAUAGUGGUCAAGUUUGUCAAUGACUUGAGUUCGUUGGUGGUGGAUGAUUCAGAAGAAUUAGUCAGCAAUGUCAUCAGUGUCAAGUGCUCACAAGCUGACACACUGAUUAUUUCUCCAGUCACUGUCGCAAUCCCAUUUAUUCCACACUAUAGAGGAAUGUACCGAGACAUUAUGGUAAAAUUGACAAACUCAGACUUUCAGUCAUAUUACUUAACUCCUGUCUCUUUGGAAGGGCACCAAGGAAAUCACAAGGAGACCUUUGCUGAAGUAAAAACCUGUCAGCUUGGGAUUUUUUCCGUGGUUUCAUGUUUAAAGCAGGAGACAAUCACAAUUCCAAGAAAAGGAGGCCCACGGAAAAUAAGUAUGGAUCCCAGGAUUUCAUUUUUCUAUCCACCGUCAACAUUCAGUACUCGAGUCACCAUGCAUCUAAAGGUACAACCAAUCGAGCCAUCCACAAUUUCCUUAUUAAAAACAAAGCAUGACGCAUAUCAUUCAAUAGUAUCGACAAGCCCUCUGGUGCAUCUGCAACAUCCCUCAUCCCAGCCAUUCAACAAACCUGUCACAGUUAUUCUACCAUGUCCUCCAAAUCAAGAGAAGAAGAUGGAGGGGGAUGUGAUGGACCACAUGAGAGCAACAAGUGCUUCUGCACAUAGAGUUACCACGAUGCAUCCUUUUCGAGCAAUGAGUGCCUCCCCAAGAAAACAUAGACAGAAUCUAAAUGAAUCCUUGAAAUUACUGGGGUACAAGAACAAAGAAGAGGGAUGGGCUGUAAUGGAUGACAUCUCAGUGCGAAAUACACAGAAUGGCCUUGUCUUAUUUGAACUGGAUGAACCUUUAGACAGAUUUAUGGUUAUUCGCCUAUCCUCUUCUGUGGAAAACACACAUCUGAGUCAGUUUAUUUGGAAACUGGAGGAGGCCAUCUACAACACCAUGGUGAAAGUGGUAUUAUAUCGAAAAAGAGAAGAUCCUUACCAGAUUAUUGUCUUGCUGGCUCCAUCAAAGGAACUGAACUUGGAGCUCCCGAGCCUACGUGAAGAUGGAUAUUCUGGUCCUCCAGAACCUUCUCAGCAGUUCAAGAUGAGAGAAGGGGAACAGGUUUAUUUUAGAUUUAGUGGAAACAUUUUUGCUUCAGCUGAUGGGGAGUCCUUUGGUAAAACAUUCAAACUCACUUUUCAUGUACAAAGAAAGCCCAAGCUUGUCCUCCAUAUCAAAGAAGUGGAUGAAUUUGGCAACUACAGUUCACCCCAUUACAAAGGGACUGCCUUGUUCUACAGAGUGAGCAAAGAAAUGAUUGCCAAGAACCUGGAACAACCGCUUCAGUUGGAUGAUUAUCAAGAUCAAGACCUUCUCUGCAAACUGGCUCUCACCUUGCCAAAAAAGGAAAGGAUGAUCAAACGUCCACAAAGCACAAAAAGAAUUUCAACUGAUUUAUCAGAGGCCCUGUGGGACAACUUGCUAUACUGGCUGUCACAAGAGCUGUCGGAAGAUAACGCUUCAUACCUCGCACUCUCUCUGCCUCUCCACCGAAGCACUCUUCAGCUUAUUAAACUGAAGUGCCCUGAUAAUCUCAGUGCACAGAUCUAUGAGCUCCUGUGCUUCUGGAAGAGGAAUCUUCCAAGAUCUGCUGACAAGCUCCAGCUUCUCUCUCGCUAUCUCUGUAAAACCGGCAGGAACGAUCUUGCAGAAGAUCUCCAGUUCAAGUGGGAGAACAAAGUGUUUAUGAGACGAAUUCAUUAGCAGUGCAAUGUUGGAAUGUGUUGAUGUAAUUUAUUUACUGGAUGUAAUGAAGUCUGUUUAAUUCAUAUAACAAAUAAUUAUUCUUAACCAUUUUUGUUCAUAACUAAAAAUUAAACCAUUUCAGAAAUAUGUAUGGCAAUGACUAGAUAUAGACUUUUCUUUUCUCAGUAAUACAAGUUUAAGGAGGCUUUGAUCAACAGAUAUUUGGGGCACAGCUUCCAUAAUCCUUUGCCGUGCUAGCUAGUACUUACAAGAAUCAAAGUCCAAAAAUGAUUGGAAGGCUACAGACAUUUUAUUUUGGCCCCUUCCAAACAGCUUUAUAAAAUUCACAUUGAACUAUGUGACAGUGUGGACUCAGAUAUUCCGGUUCAAAGCAGAUAUUGUGAAUUAUCUGGGUUAUAUGGCUGUAUAAAAGGGCCCUCAGUCUAGGCUUGGAGAAAGCAAUAUUUUGUAUCAGGGUCAGCAAAGGCAGUUUUAGGGAACCAUGGAGCCACUGUACAACAAAGCCUUAUAUACAUAUAUUGGUUCUAAGAAGUUCCCAUUAAGGUUUCAGUUAUUAUUUUGCAACACUUUCCUAUAUUUGUUGCUCAGAGGGGGAUUCCAUUGAGUGGAGCUGAGUG